CCUUGGGUGUCACGUGACCGGGAAGGGCGGAGAGCCCAGCGCUCUUCGGGAGGACGAGCUGCCACCGCCUCCGUUGCCCUUCUAGCUUCUGGUUUCUCUGCUGCUGAACCUCCGGAAAUCCAAGCGGGCGGGCAGACUUCCUGCAGCAUCGACUCUCUACCUUUCCUUACCCGGAUGGCCGCGCCAUGCGAACUCUUAAUUUCUGACAAUAUUUUCUUGUGAACAGCCUCCCACUCAUCCCUGGAGCUGACUGUUCAGCAGGUAUCCACAUCACCGCCGGCGCCUCUUCUCCCGAAGUCUGUUAACUCACUCGCACUCCCUCCCUCCAAAGGUUUCAGUUUGUUUUCCUGCUGAGAAAACGAAGACCGACUAGGAGAAAAAAGAAGGAAGGCGGUAGAUGACAAACGUAGAAUAAAUGUCCACCUCGUCCGGGUAGCGAAAUCGAGGGAGGGGACAAGCCGAGGGGCGGCGAAGAGGGAGCUGCCCAUUAAAACCAGCUCUGAGAGUCCUGGCGGCGGCGGCGGCGGCGCGGGACGCGUCACAUCCCCUUGACCCUCCAAUCACCUCGGGCUCCCAUUUGAUUGGAAGGCGGCAAAGGCUUUAAUCUCCCCCUCGGUGCAGCUGCUUUUGAAGUGAGUUUCCUCGCCAGAGCCCCGGCUGGACAAGCAGCGACUCACAUCGCAGAGCGCAGCGCCGGCUCGGGGCCGGGAGAGCGCAGCGCAGGGCGCAACCCGAGCCAGACACCGCGCACCGCGGGGGCACUCCCGCAGUCUGCCCUGCUCUUCUAGCCCCGCCACGGCUCCGCCGCGGGCCACCCAGGAUUAUUCGCUUCUGGCUCCAGGCGGCGAGAAGGCGCGCGGGGCUCCCGUGUCCGCCGCGCCAGCUCCUCCUCCAGCUGCUCCCGCUCCCGGGGCGAGCGCGCAGCCCCGAGCCCGCCCCGCGCGUCUCGGAGCCCUCCCCCCGCUGCUCCCAUGCGCGCGGGUGGGUCAUGAGCACAGCGCCCUCGCUUUCUGCCCUAAGAAGCAGUAAGCACAGCGGCGGCGGCGGCGGAAGCGGCGGCAGCGGCGGCGGUGGUGGCGGCAGUGCAGACCCUGCCUGGACCAGCGCGCUUUCUGGAAAUUGCUCCGGCCACGGCCCAGUAUCCUCCCCGGCCGGCAGCACCAAGCCUUUUGUGCACGCUGUGCCCCCCUCUGACCCCCUGCGCCAGGCUAACCGCCUGCCCAUCAAGGUGCUGAAGAUGCUGACGGCACGGACUGGCCACAUUUUGCACCCAGAGUAUCUGCAGCCCCUGCCUUCCACGCCCGUCAGCCCCAUCGAGCUGGACGCCAAGAAGAGCCCACUGGCGCUGCUGGCUCAAACAUGUUCGCAGAUAGGGAAGCCGGACCCUUCGCCCUCUUCCAAACUCUCCUCGGUCGCCUCCAACGGGGGCGGCGCGGGUGGUGCAGGCAGCGGAGCCGGGGGCGACAAGGACACCAAGUCGGGCCCCCUGAAGCUGAGCGACAUCGGCGUGGAGGACAAGUCGAGUUUCAAGCCUUACUCCAAACCCGGCUCAGAUAAGAAGGAGCCGGGAGGCGGCGGCGGAGGCGGUGGCGGCGGCGGGGGCGGCGGCGGGGGUGUUGCUGCGGAGAAGUCAGGAUUCCGGGUACCGAGCGCCACCUGCCAGCCAUUUACGCCCAGGACAGGCAGUCCGAGCUCCAGCGCCUCGGCCUGUUCGCCGGGAGGCAUGCUGCCCUCCGCCGGGGGCGGCCCGGAGGGCAAGGACGACAAGAAAGAUCCGGAAGCUGGCAGCGGUGGCAGUAGCAAGGGCUCCGGGGGCGCCUCGGCGGACGGGGUACCCUCCGGGCUGGCGCACGGCCGGAUUAGCUGCGGCGGCGGAAUUAACGUGGACGUGAACCAGCACUCGGAAGGGGGGCCAGGAGGCAAGUCUCUAGGCUCUGACUGUGGAGGCUCUUCCAGCUCGGGUUCGGGCCCCAGCGCGCCCACCUCGUCGUCGGUGUUGGGCUCCGGUCUGGUGGCUCCGGUAUCACCCUACAAACCCGGCCAGACAGUGUUCCCUCUACCCCCCGCGGGCAUGACCUACCCAGGCAGCCUGGCUGGGGCCUACGCUGGCUACCCUCCCCAGUUCCUGCCACACGGUGUGGCGCUCGACCCUACCAAGCCUGGCAGCCUGGUAGGGGCUCAGCUGGCAGCGGCCGCAGCCGGCUCUCUUGGCUGCAGUAAGCCAGCGGGUUCGAGUCCUCUGGCCGGGGCGUCGCCGCCGUCAGUGAUGACAGCUAGUUUGUGCCGGGACCCAUACUGCCUCAGCUACCACUGCGCCAGCCACUUGGCCGGGGCUGCAGCCGCCAGCGCCUCGUGCGCGCACGAUCCGGCUGCUGCGGCAGCAGCACUCAAGUCGGGAUACCCGCUGGUGUACCCCACGCACCCACUGCACGGUGUGCAUUCCUCGCUGACGGCUGCCGCCGCUGCGGGCGCCACACCACCCUCCCUAGCCGGCCACCCCCUCUACCCCUACGGUUUCAUGCUCCCUAACGACCCGCUCCCCCACAUCUGCAACUGGGUGUCAGCUAAUGGGCCUUGCGACAAGCGCUUCGCCACGUCCGAAGAGCUGCUGAGCCACUUGCGGACCCAUACGGCCUUCCCAGGGACAGACAAACUGCUGUCGGGCUACCCCAGUUCUUCGUCUCUCGCCAGCGCCGCCGCAGCAGCCAUGGCUUGUCACAUGCACAUUCCCACAUCGGGCGCACCGGGCAGCCCAGGGACCCUGGCGCUGCGCAGCCCCCACCACGCACUGGGACUCAGUAGCCGCUACCACCCGUAUUCCAAGAGCCCGCUCCCCACGCCCGGUGCCCCAGUGCCGGUGCCUGCCGCCACCGGACCGUACUACUCCCCCUAUGCCCUCUACGGACAGAGACUGACCACUGCCUCUGCACUGGGGUAUCAGUGAGGGCGGCCCGGAGGAAUUUGGAAAAAGAGGAAGGAGCUGGGGGAUGGGAGGAGCAAGGGAGGGGCAGGACCCGAGCGAGGUUCCUGACACCCGCAGGGGCAGAAGACCCGGGCUACGGAAGGGAAAAGAAAGUUUAAAUCUUGCCUAUCCACGCAACCACAGAGAACGAACGAGCCUGGAUGCGAAACUUUUCCACCCCACUCCAACAAACUUUAUAAAAGUUGAAAAAUAAAUCAUUUGACUUUUUAUAGAAAAAGAAGGAAAAAUAAUUGAGAAAGUGUUCAUCUGAGGACUUCGCCGGUGAACAUUGGUAUUUAUUUAUGUUAGCUCCAAGCGGACCCGUGGUUCAAAAGUGCAUUAUUUAGUUUGAGCUCCGUAGGUUAAAAGGAGGAGGGGGGAAUUAAAACUCGAGGGUAAAUAUGUGGAAAACAAACCCUCCGAUCCCUUGUAGAGUAUAAAUAAAAACAAAGCCGCUACAGAAUUAGGGGUCUUCUCUUUAAUGUUACUUUAAAAUUGCUAUGAUUGUAUUGUGCGUUCUUAUUUAAUGUCUGAUUGAAAUUCAAAUUUACAUGCAUGUUUGUUACAAAAAAAAAAGAAAUGAAAACGACGAAACAAAAUAAGUCACAAUUUGUCAACUCUGAUUUCAAAUUGCAAUUAUUUUUAAGGUGUAUACCAUCCAAAGAGAAUGGGUAUUUUUUUGUAUGUAUUCUGGAAGAAAACAAAAAAAAAGGAAAAACAAUUCUAUUCCAAAACCUCAUUUGCCUUAUUUUGUUCUUUAAAAGGAACACUUAACUAUUUUUAAUUUUUAAGUCCACCCGCUGAGAAGGGGAUACGGUUUAUGUCAUGUGCUAAAAUAAUAGACAAUGUAUCGCUUUAAAGAUUAAAAUUCCGUAUAUUUGAUGUAUUAAAAGGUUUUACUUCUUA